CUUGAAGAGGGUGUACAGGAAGUACGGUAUGAUGAAAUUGCUGAUGUACCUCCUGGUAGUCUCGGUGACAUUCACCAUCUGCCGAAAGAUUGGCAUCCAAACCGGCUGCAAGGGAGUCAACAACGUGGCCUUUAUCAAGACGCACAAAUGUGCCAGUUCAUCGGUGCAGAACAUUUUGUUCCGUUACGGUUACACCAGAAACCUCAAUUUCGCCAUAGGCAAUAAGGACGUGUACCUCGGUCACCCGGAGCCGUUCAACAGGAACAUGGUACCCAGUCUGGGCAUGUAUGGCCAGCGGUACCAUAUGCUGGCGCACCACAGUCGGUACUCGGUUCGCGAAGAAUACGCCAGCGUUAUCAAUAGCAACGUCUUUCUCUUCACGAUCGUGAGAGAACCGAUGGCCAUAUUCGAGUCCCUGGCAGCCCACCUGAAGUUCAAAGAUAUCCACAUCGACGAUUUUGCGAACACCACUCGAAAAGGCCACUUCACUUCCUACCUCUCCGGUAAACGCACCGAGUAUGGGCGUAUCGGAGUCAACCAGAUGGCGUUCGACCUCGGUCUUACACAGGGUGACCUCAACGAUUCGCGACAGAUUGUCCAUUUCAUCCGCCGGAUCGACGCCGCGAUGAACUUCGUCCUCGUGGCCGAGCGCAUGGACGAGUCGCUGAUCUUGCUGAAGAACGCGCUCUGCUGGGACCUCAGUGACGUGAUCGGCUUCCAGCAGAACGUCCGCGUUCCACAGCCCCUGCCCAGUCGGAUUCCGCACGUGGUCCAGAAGGCCAUCCUCACGGUUAACUUCGUCGACGUGGCGUUGUACAGUUUCUUCAGGUCCAAACUAGACGACGCCAUCGCCGCCUACGGAGUCGAGCGGAUGCAGAACGAAGUGGCCGAACUGCGACGGCGCCGGAUGGAGUUGUACGGCGACUGCGUCGAGACCGAGGAGCCCGCGGACAAGGUCUUUCCGGCCGAGUUCGUCUACAGGAAAGACGUUGUCGGCUACCGCCUCAAGAACGGCACCGCCAAAGACCACGGGCUCUGCAGAUUGCUCCUGGCCAACGAACUCCAGUUCACCAGCAUGAUUCGACAGCGCCAGAUGGUGGACAUCUCGGCCUUCUACUUCGUCAGCUGGGGCACCGGCGGGACGUCCGCACCGUCUGCGUGGGCGGGCCGUGGCGGUCUAGCGGUGGUUGCACUCCUCGUUUGCCUCGUCUGGGAAACGAAUGGGCAAAGUUGGUUUAGGACUGCGGGUUUUGUGGUAUUCUCUUUGACGUGUUCUUUCUUUUAGCUACGUCCCAGUGCGUCGCGACAUUGUUUAUUUAUUGUUUUAUAGAUAUAAUAAACUACAAUAUGAUGUGCCAAAUU